AUGCUGGCGGCCCUUCUUGAAUGGUUUUUGUGGCUAUCCGCAUUUUUGUACUGUCUCGUCAAGGUCUUUCAAAAAGCCGAACAUUGGACAAUUCGGGUACUGGCAAUUAUCAUUGGGAUCUUCUUCACUGGGCUUCGAUUUAUCUUCUUGCCUAUUAUGAUCGUCACCUUACCUCUUCCCAGCCAGAUUACGCAGUACUGGCCACCCGAUAUGGUCGACAUCUUACAAUGGUUUGCGUUCUGGAGUUUUGCAGGUCUUUUGACCAUCCCAUGGCUUUUCUGUGUUUAUCAACUUGUCACUCAUCAGCUUGGGAGGACGAAACGUGUUAAAGAAGUAUUGGAUGAAGUUUCCGCGCCAAAAGUCGUUAUUGUUAUGCCCUGUUACAAGGAAGAGCCCGAUAUCCUCGUCACCGCCGUCAACUCAGUCGUGGAUUGCGAUUACCCUCCUUCAUGCAUCCACGUAUUUCUCUCAUUCGACGGAGACCAAGAGGAUGAACUGUAUCUCAACACAAUUGAGAAACUCGGUGUCCCUCUUACGCUAGAAUCGUAUCCUAAGAGUAUCGACGUCACCUACCGAGCGGCUCGCAUCACAGUCUCUCGAUUUCCCCACGGAGGCAAACGUCAUUGUCAGAAAGCAACCUUCAAACUCAUCGAUAAGGUGUAUAAAGAGUACCUCAAACGAAACGAUAACCUCUUUAUUCUUUUCAUCGAUUCGGAUUGCAUAUUGGAUAGGGUCUGUCUGCAAAAUUUCGUCUACGAUAUGGAGCUUAGCCCUGGGAAUAGUAGAGAUAUGUUGGCUAUGACGGGUGUCAUCACCUCGACAACUAGAAAACAUAGUAUCAUUACUCUGCUUCAGGACAUGGAAUACAUACACGGUCAGCUAUUCGAAAGGACUGUCGAGUCCGGCUGCGGUGCUGUUACUUGCUUACCAGGCGCUCUAACUAUGUUACGUUUCUCGGCGUUCCGAAGAAUGGCCAAAUACUACUUCGCUGAUAAGGCUGAGCAGUGCGAGGAUCUAUUUGACUUCGCGAAAAGCCAUUUAGGUGAAGAUCGAUGGCUUACACAUCUUUUUAUGAUUGGAGCGAAGAAACGGUACCAGAUACAAAUGUGCACUUCUGCUUUUUGCAAAACAGAAGCAGUGCAGACUGUUCAAUCGCUGAUUAAGCAACGGCGAAGAUGGUUCCUUGGGUUCAUCACGAACGAAGUCUGCAUGUUAACUGAUUGGCGUCUCUGGAAACGAUAUCCUAUCUUGCUUGUGGUGCGGUUCAUGCAGAACACGAUACGAACGACGGCUUUGCUCUUCUUCAUCAUGAUGCUCUCGAUAAUGACGACUACUAUGAGAAUUGAUCAGCUACCUGUUGGAUUCAUCGCUAUCUCAUUAGGUUUGAACUGGUUGAUGAUGAUAUACUUUGGUUGCAAAUUGAAGCGGUUUAAGAUUUGGCUCUACCCAAUGAUGUUCAUUCUUAAUCCCUUUUUCAAUUGGUACUACAUGGUUUAUGGCAUUUUCACUGCGGGCCAAAGAACUUGGGGUGGACCUCGUGCUGACGCCGCUACUGCCGACGCCAAUACGACUCCUCAACAGGCUGUUGAACAAGCUGAGAAGGCCGGAGAUGAUCUCAACGUCGUGCCAGAGACAUUUAUCCCGGCUGCUGAAGUACAGCGACAAAGGAGCAAAGGGAAAGAGACCAGUGGAGUUCAAAGAUCGAAGAGCAACGUCUUACCCCCUGAAAAGGUUGAGGGGAAAUUCGCCGCUCCCGAGAAGAAGGCCAAUGGAUUUUAUGCAUAUCCGGAGGAGUCAACAUACAGCUUCUAUGCGCCAGGUGGAGAGUUACCAUACGAUGGCCCCAUUCCACGAUACUCUCUUCAUAAUCGUGAUUCAGUCGACAGUUUCUUGACUACUGGAAAUAACUCGGUAUAUUUGCCGCGAAGGGUGGAGAGCAUCAUGGGAGAUGAAGACCGGAAGAAGUACGAAAUGGCCCAAGCCAGUCAAUACAACCAAUUCAUUGAGAACUCUAAGAAAUAUGCUAUCCCUCCUCGGGGCCAAGUGUAUGAGUUUUCAGAUAUGGAGUUAGCAAAGAAUGGUUGGGAAGGAAGCGACACGAAAGCUUCAGGAUCCAUCCGAACCGAACGGUAUAAGGACGAUAGCAACGAGAGCACCCCCGAAUCGAUGUCCUCUCGUGCGCCUUCGCCUGGACCUAGGUCUUCUCUCCAACCUCCUCCAGAUCACUCGAGAGCAUCAAGACAUCAUCCUAACCGGGGAAAUCAACAACAACGCAGAACGGGGAGGAGCCCGCUCGGACAAGCUAGUCCUUUGCGGACUCCGGCACAUGAUGGGGACGAAAUAGAAAUAGACAGGUCCAAUUCCGGACGAAAGAGGUCCUAUAGACCGAAUACUCCCAGAUGA